UAAAAUUGCAGGUUGCAAACUCGAUGUGUUUUUUUUGCAGUCCUAUGUAACGGCGCCGCGUCCCGACGUGACGUUUGGCGCCGACAUCCCUCCUCUUCGGUGGAGAACAAGCGGCUUGAAAGACUUUUCUUGACUUGCAUCUCCGAGUAUACGAUAGUCGUUACGCUUGAGCUGUCGGUUUCGCACGAGAAUACGAAUAAACGUAUUUUUUAAUAACGUUCGCAAUAGUGAGAGUAUUACGCGUGUGCAUAAAUUCCAGCUUUCGAGUUUCUAAGUCAACCAUAUUUCCCCGAAAUAUUCGAACACAGAAAAGAUAAAAGCUUAGCAGAACGUAGAAGCAGACAGUGAUAUGAAGAAAACGAAAACAAAUAUUCCCGAAUAUGCAGCACAUAUGAAUGCCAAGCAAGUUCCUAACGGUAAGGAUGAUCAUGUCGAUUCUGACACAAAUGUGGACGCCGUGCAGAUCGCGAUUGGCAAUCUUGGCAGGUGGCAAAUCAUCGUCUGCCUGGCGAUUUCUUUGGUCAAAUUUCCGGUAGCAUGGCAUCAAUUAGCAAUCGUUUUUAUGGCGCCUCAUCAAGAUUACAACUGUACGGAACCUGCUAUUACGGAGGAAUACUCCAAGGAUCAAUGUACGGUCAAUCUUAAUGGUACCCUGAUAAAAUGCACGGAAUGGGAGUACGACAGAAAACUAUUUCCCGAGACUAUCAUAUCGCAGUGGAAUCUUGUCUGUGAUCGAACGCAUUAUGCGAAUAUCCAACAGUCUAUUCUUAUGUUCGGAGUGCUUCUUGGUAAUAUAAUCUUCGGCAGUUUAGCAGACAGAUAUGGCAGGAAAACUCCGCUGAUGGUUUCUGUUAUUCUUCAACUUUUGUCGGGUAUUGGAUGCGCUGUAGUACCUUGGUUUUACGCACUACUACUGAUGAAGUUGUUAAGUGCCUUAGCUACUGGCGGCACAAUGGUUACUAGUUACGUUAUCUGUAUGGAAAUAGUAGGUACAAAAUGGCGUGCUGCCAUCACCGUUUUAUAUCAAAUUCCAUUCAGUUUAGGCCACAUGUCGCUAGCAGGACUCGCGUUCUGGUUUCGACAUUGGCAACAUCUACAGAUCGCCAUCACACUUCCAUCUAUUGUUCUUUUAAGUUAUUGGUGGAUAAUACCCGAAUCACCCAGAUGGUUACUAGCUAUGGGAAAACAGAGAGCAGCGUGCGAGGUAUUGCAGAAAGCAGUCAAUACCAAUAAUGUGGAAAAUGUAGACGUUCCCGAAAUAGUUAGGAAACAUUGUUUACAUCAAAACCUUAAAAAAUCUACGCUAGAUUACAAGGCUUCGUUUUUCGACUUGCUUCGCACGCCGAACAUGCGAAUAAAGUCACUCUCUAUUUUCUUUAAUUGGAUCGUUUGCGGAAUGGGUUUGUUUGGCAUAUCACAGUAUAUUGGCCAAGUCGGUGGCGAUAUUUUUAUUAAUUUCGCAGUGUCCGGUGCCAUACAGAUUCCUGGGAAUUUUGUCGCAUGGUGGGCAAUGAAUACUCUGGGUCGACGAAUUACCCUGAUUUGCAGCAAUUCUAUAAGUGGCGUGGCCUGUCUAUUCUUAAUCAUCGUCUCAAACAAUACAGAAUGGUUACGACUACUUUUGACAUGCAUCGGUAUUGUCGGCAUGUCAGUGUCAUUUACAACAGUCUACCUUUUCUCCGGAGAACUGUUUCCUACAGUCGUGAGGAACAUAGGAAUCGGCGCAAGUAGCAUGUGUGCCAGAAUAGGCUCUAUCUUAGCACCAUUUGUAGUAUCUUUGAAUAACAUUGAGACGUGGCUACCACCUACUAUAUUCGGAAUUUUGCCAUUGAUUGGAUCUGCAUUAUGCUUAUUAUUGCCCGAAACUGCCGAAUGUACAUUACCAGAAACACUUCAAGAUGGCGAAGAAUUUGGAAAGAAGCAUAAAUUGACAGAAAAACGUGGAAAUUUCGAAGAAGAAGCUACGCUCUAAAGAAAAAUUAUGGUUACAAUAAAAUCAUAAAUAAAUAUAAAUUUCAGAAAAAGAGCAAGCGCGACCAUACAUACGCACAUACGCAUGCGCGUGCGUACUCAUUAUAUCAAAUUGUGAUAAGUGAUCCGAAUGGUUAAUCAUGCUAUUAUUCGAGUGCUAGCAUAAAGCGAAUCA